UGUCAAAGUCAGCAAAAAUGGCGUCUUGCGAAUUAUUGAAAGAACGCUAUUGUUAGUGAAUGCAAAUUUUUCACGAAAAUCAUCAAACUUUUCGUGUUUUCGUGGCCAUUCUGUGAAUUUUUCAAAUCUAUGGUACUUGGUGAAUGAGUUGAAGUGCCCAUUUGAGAUGAUAGUAUUGCAAGAAGUGUGGUAAAAUUGUGUGAAAUGUAAAUCAUGUCGAAUGACAACAGUGAGACAAGUUCAUCAACAAAUCGCAGUAGUCCAACCACCGCUCCAACCAACAAGAGUCGCGGUCCGGGAAGACCAUCCAAGAAACUGCAAAAUUUAACUCCAUGCACAUGGUGUGCUGAGACAAAGAUACCCCUCAAAUACGUGCUGCCCACGCAAAAUGGCAAGAAGGAAUUCUGCUCGGAAGUUUGUAUUACGGAGUUCCGGAAGGCAUACAGCAAGGGUGCUUGCAUCCAAUGUGACAAUGUGAUCAGGGACAAUGCACCUCAUAGGGACUUCUGUUCCACCUUCUGCAUGAAUAAGCAUUCGAAAAAACUGGCAUCAGCCAAUGGAGGUUCCGUCAACAGCAGCUCCAGUCAAUCAACACAUAGCAAUAACAACAAUAUUGAGAACCUCAACGACAGCAACGGUAAUCACGAUGGCCGGUCCAGUCCAAUAGUACAGUCGGGUCCGUUCCAGUUUGAACAAUUGAACGUAUUCCACUGGGAUGAAUACCUAAAGAGAACAGGCAGUGUAGCUGCUCCUCCGGAAUGCUUCAAACAAGCCCCUAGUCCUCCGGUCAAUGACUUCAAGAUGGGCAUGAAGCUAGAGGCUCUGGAUCCCCGUAAUGUCACAUCCACCUGCAUAGCAACAGUUGUGGGCGUUUUGGGGGCACGUUUACGCCUCCGUUUGGAUGGCAGUGAUAACAAAAAUGACUUUUGGCGUCUUGUGGACUCAGAUGAAAUCCAUCCCAUUGGUCAUUGUGAGAAAAAUGGUGGAAUGCUGCAGCCUCCGCUGGGUUUUCGUAUGAAUGCCAGCAGUUGGCCAACAUUUCUCUGUAAGACCCUAAAUGGAGCCACAACAGCGCCCGAGGAGAUUUUUCAGCGUGAUCCACGCACCCCGCGUAGUAAUCUCUUCAAAGUGGGCCAGAAACUUGAGGCCGUAGAUAAGAAGAAUCCCCAGCUCAUCUGUUGCGCCACUGUGGAUGCAGUCAAAGAUGAUCAGAUACAUGUGACCUUCGAUGGAUGGCGAGGAGCUUUUGACUAUUGGUGUCGAUAUGAUUCACGGGAUAUUUUCCCAGUGGGCUGGUGCGCCAAGAGUUGUCAUCCCAUUCAACCGCCAGGGCAGAAGAGUAAAUUUGAUUCAGCAGCCAACAAUAAGUACGCCACCAAGCGCAACACUUUAGGCUACACCGCCGAUUCUGAUACUUUGACGCCCACAAAGCCCGUUACGGUGCAUUUUCACACACGAUGCAAGGGUGGACCCUUCAUCAAUAGCUCACGCUUGCCAUCAAUGGUCACAGCUCCAAGUCACUCGACCCUUGCCAAGCUAUGCCUUCAGGAAAUUCUCGCCGCCAGCACCAACACAUCCCAGAUGUCCCAGUUACUGUUUGCCCUCGAAGGUGAGGUGCACAUUGUUACGGCGGCAGGGAAGAAUUUUACUGUGAAGAUACCCAGUCACUUGCGCAAGAAAGGCAAUACGGCCAUGGCAGAGUUCCUUGAGACUCUCUGCAGUACAGCCAAGAGCUGUAGCAAUUUAAUAACACUGGAACCAGGACCAGAUCACUGUUCCAACUGUGCUCAGCCACCCAAGAGAACGUCAGAGACGGAGAGUAUAGCACCAGGUCCGAUGAGUCCCAAGAGGAAGCGUGUUGCAGAACAAGAAACCGCCACCUCAACCACUACAAAUGACUCACCGAUUCCAUCCUCCUCAACAGGAACAUCGUCGUCGCCUUGUACAGUUGUCAAUCCACAAAAUCCUUUGGGGAGUCCUCAAAUGCCCACAUCUUCACCUAGUGAGUGGACAAUUGAGGAAGUCAUUGAUUAUAUUGCCAUUACAGAUCCAGCUCUAGCCAUUCAUGCAGAUCUCUUUAGGAAACACGAGAUUGAUGGAAAGGCGCUACUUCUACUAAAUUCCGACAUGAUGAUGAAGUACAUGGGAUUGAAGUUAGGACCAGCUUUAAAAAUAUGUAAUUUGGUGACACGAGUCAAGGGUCGACGACCGCUAAGUUUCAAGGAAUAAGUUGGCAAAUAUUUUGAGUGAUGCUGUGGAAAAUAUGCCCCGAUCUGGUAAUGUCAAAAAAAAUCCUACAAAUAUUUUUAACAAUUUUCUCUUUAGAAUUUUAUAUUCACAAAGAUUUUUUUUGUGAUGAAAUUUUGAUUUUAUAAUGUACGCAGAAGAUAUAUCACUGCGUAUAAUUUUAUUCUUUUGUGAUUUUAUUAAUUUUUAAGGAUAUGUAUAUUUUGAAAUAAUGCAUCUUGAAUUUAAAGAAAAAAAAAACAAAAUCCUAAGAUUCUUGUUUAAAACCCAGAAAUAAUAUACGUAAUUUUUAUUUAUAAAUAACAUACAAAAUGGUAUGUAAAGUUAAUGGAAUGGAAGAAAAAUGAAUUUUAUUGUUAUUUUUUAAUGGUUAUUAUUUAGAACCCGAGGAAAUUGCUAAGAAGAUAUUUUCAAACAUAUUUAUUUUUUAUGUUCCUUUGAAUUCCUCAAUCAUUUUAUAGAGAUGGUAAAUUUUUUUUAGUUAGAAAUACAUGAAGUAUGUAAAAGAAAAUCUUUGAAAGAGCACACUUAGAAUUUUCCACUGCAUCACUUGAGUUAUUGCAGAAAGAAGACAGUGUUUCCGGACACUCACCUGAUCGCUCUUUUCGGGAAUGAUGCAUAACAAUAAACAAAAAAAUUCUAUAAAUUAGAUUUACUGCGUUAUGAUCACACAGAAAUGGCAAUAGUAAAAAAAAAUCCCCUCAUAUAAUCACAACAGAUAAAUUUGUAAUUACACCACAAAAUAAAAAAAAACAUAUUGAAUUGAGUCGAUUUAUGUCGAGAGCAACAAAAAAAAAAUAGUUUGUGCAUUGUAUUUGUAUUUCCUUGCGAUAUAUUCGAAGGUCUAUUGUUAAAUUUCAUGAAGAAUUUAAAUAAGAAUAUACUUUGUUAUUGAAUUACACCCCUCAAAAAAAAAAACAAUAAUAACAAGAAAUCGUAGCACUUGGUAAUGUUUUUUUUUCUUGGUGGAGUUCAAUCCGUCAAAGAGUUAGAUAGCAAGCAAAAAUCAAAUUGUGUUUUGCCUCAACAUCACGCAAUUUUUUUCAUCAAUAAAGUGAAAAUUUUAAUGAUAAAAUGCAUGCUGUACUUUUUUGUGUAUCAUAUCUACAACUCCUAUAUAAGAAUAUAUAAAUAUAUUUUAAGGAAAGAGACAAUUUGGACAGUGCAGAAUGUAAAUAUAGAAAUUUUGAGAAAUUAUAUAUUAUCACAUCAAUAAAUUCAGAGAAUUACUGAAA